AUGGUCCAUUAUAUACGCUUUCUGCGUACGCCACAGAUUCAUGUAACGAAGAAGUCGACGGACAUCAACGCAGUGAUUGCCGUCACCACAGAUCUAGGGGAUUCACUCCUUGCUCAAGAUGCAGAACUCACUGUGGAGUUGGUCGAGGCUCAUCAUCCGCACCGAGUUCUAAAAACUAGUAAGGUGCAAUGGCGGGACGGCUCUCGUGCCUGCAAGUUUACCAUUGCGUGUUCCAAUAAGGAAGCCAAGAAAACCGUCAUUGUGCAUGUGACCGGACCCUCAACCAAGUCUGGAGUGGUGUCCAAGAUUCUCGAUUGGUUGAACGGCAGAUUGUGCUCUCCAACAAAAGCCGUGGAUGCGAGUCUGGGGUUUCUGAUAUACUUUGAUCAAAACCUCAAAGCGUCUGGCCCAGAUGAUGGAGCCCUGGCCCGUCUGAUCCAAUUGAGCAGGGCAAAGCGGUUGAAGGUAUUGGAACUCGGGGCAGGGUGUGGCAUUGUUGGGAUUACUUUUGCUCAUUUGGUCAAGAGUGAUGUUAUCCUCACAGACCUUGAGGACGCUCAAGAGAUCAUGGACAAGAACAUCCGAUGUGCAUCGCCACUGGCAGGAUCUAGCCUUCAAACCCAGAAGCUAGACUGGGCAGCCAGACUUGAUGAUAGCUUGAGUGGACAGUUCGACCUUGUUUUGGUAUCAGACUGCAUCUACAACCCCGACAGCAGCGUUCAUCUGGUAGAGACAUUGAGACAAUUGGCCACUCGUGCUCCCAAAGUACUCGUGUUGGUCGGAUUCAAACGACGCCAUGACGCCGACAGUGUGUUCUUCGAUCGGAUGAAUGAGACGCAAUUUCAGGUGGUAGACAGUGUCCAGAUUUCACUGCCACAUACCCUGACCGACCACGAUACGGAAGCACCGACCAUUGAAUUUUACAGCUAUAGAGUUGCUUGA